AUAUCUUUUCUGUGGGUGCUUGAUAUCCUUUCCUCACACACUAAACUUCCCUAUAUGGAAAGAAGCGGAGAGGGAAAGAGGAGCUCCAAGUACAAGGUGGAGGAGGAAGAGGAGGUUGAAGAUGAAGAAGAAGAUGAAGAGCUUGAUGAGUUCAAUUUAGGAGACGAUGGGAGGAAGAAGAUGAGAGAUCUGUACAGCAAGGGAGGGUCGUCCUCAUCAAUGGCGCCUUCAUGUCAGGUGGAAGGCUGUGACAGUGAUCUGAGUGAGGCUAAGCACUACCAUCGCCGCCAUAAGGUCUGUGAGUUCCAUGCCAAGGCUGCUUCUGUGCUCAUUGCCGGCUUGCACCAAAGGUUUUGCCAACAAUGCAGCAGGUUUCAUGAGCUGGAAGAAUUUGAUGACACGAAAAGGAGCUGUAGAAAGCGUUUGGCUGGACACAAUGAAAGGCGUCGAAAGAAUGCAUCUUAACUAUAUAAUCAUGGGGAAGGAUCUCAUCACAACGAUGAGAAUUCGGAUAGUGAUGAUGAUGAGCUCUGAGGCAAGCAUAUUAGUUUAAAUAAAUUCCCCCAUUGAAAUCUUCUUCAUGGAUAAAUUUUACUAUGUUAUUGUUAUCCAAAGAUGCUCUCUGUCUUCUGUCAAUCUUCUGCCACUGGUGACUUGACCAUGUGACACUCCAAAUAUUUGUCAUACUUUUGUGUUCGAUGUA